AUGUCAGAUACCUGCAUUGUCUGUCUGGGAGACCUGAGCACGGGAAAUGGCGAUGCUGGCGCCCUCUCCAUCACCAAUGCCAAGUCUCCCGAGUCGCCGUUACUGCAUGACAUCCCGCUCCACGCCACGAGUCUCGAUGAAGCCAAUACAGCCUCGGUGACCUCUGCCAUCAAUGAUCCGACCUUGCUCAUCGCCAAAAUCAUUCCAUGUGGCCACGUUCUUCACAACGAAUGCCUCACGCCGUGGCGGGAACGAGCCAAUAGUUGCCCUAUAUGCCGGGCUGCAUUCCACUUGGUCGAGCUGAAGGCAGUCAUGGAUGGCCCAACCCUGUCAACGUAUAAAGUCGAAGACCGUCAACAAGUCGCCGACAUCGAUCCUACUAUGUUCCUCGAGUCUGCAGACGACGAAGAAGAGGAGGUCGUAUGUCAAGAGUGUGGCGAGGGCGACAACGAAGACGUCUUGAUGUUCUGCGAUGGAUGCGAGAUACUGUGUCACACAUACUGUGCUGGCUUGGACGAAGUACCAUACGGUGCUUGGUUCUGCGAGACCUGCGACCAGGAGCAAGGCUACAUGCCGAGACCGACUGGCCGCCGGUCACGAGGGGCUCAGGCUGUACGUCAACGCACUCGCGGACGACAACGACGUCAACGUACUCUGCAAGUCGGACAGGACCAGAACUGGAACGCAGUCUGGCAGUCUGUUUGGUCACGACUGAAUCUCGACUUGGACUUCCCAUUUGAUGACGACGAUACGUCAGCAUCUUAUAUCCGCAGAUGUCGCCAGCGGUCGGCUGCACAUGAUCGGAGUGCCUUAGCCGCCUGGCAAUCCAGGCUCCGGGUGGCCGAGCUGCAGGGCGCAGGAAAUCGUUUUAGAGAAAUCGAGCCCAACCUGAUAGCUGUCUCUCGUGGUUCACGGUCCACGCCGGCGCCUGAGCAAGAUAGCGAGGAAGCACUGGCUUGGAGUGCAUUCGAUGCCGCCAGGGCGUCUCCCGGUCCAAGCACUAGUCGACGGACGAGGAAGCGUAAGUCUCCAACGGCUUCGCCUGUGCAGGACGAACCAGAAGCCACACAAGCUGUGCCCAAGCGCAGACGAACAAGUGCAUCAAUCACGCCUGCUCCCCCGUCAUCGCGUGGUCGUGUUCGAUCUUCACCACGGUCCCCUGUCGCAAAUCAACCUACUCAGAUAUCUGCAGUCGGUCCAAGCUUCCUGCAGUCGUUACUACAAGAAGUCGAAGACUCUUCGACUACCACUGCCACCGCACUCAAUCCAGCAAUGCGGCGCGCGAUGCGUGCAGCAGGUAGUCCACCAGCUACCGAUCAUUCUUCACCUCGUCCAUCGUCACCAUCGGGUUCGCCACUACCAUCAAACCAUUCUUCACCACGAGCCAUGUCCCCAUCACCACCACCUGGGCAUCGAUCAAUAUCUCCGAGCACACUAUCUUCAAGUAUCCAGCCAAUCUAUGCAGAACCUGAGCGACCAGGCUCUCCACCUCCUCGCGGCAGACCUGUAGCAACACCACGUCCCAGAGCUGCACGCUCGAACUCGGAAACUGAUGUAGCUCACCCUGUGCCGCGUCUUGGAGUCAGAACUACCGCAUUGGCCAACUCGGACUCAGACUCCGCCAGCACGUUGGCACCGCCGACUCGGAGACGUCCUCAGAACCAUACCCCGAUUCAGACCAGCGAAAAUAAGAAGCAGGAUGUAUCUGCCUCGGCAAUGUCGCCAACAAGAGCUACGAUGAGCUUGGAGGCCAAAUCAGACAUACAGAAGCUAGUCUCUUCUGCUCUCAAGCCAUUGUACAACGAAGCAAAGAUCACGAAAGAUGAGUACACGACUAUCAAUCGUGAUGUGUCACGUCUGCUAUACGACCGCAUCGGGGAUCUGGAGCACUUGCAGGAUGAGCAGCGACAAGAGUGGGAAAAGGUCGCAGGUGAAGAAGUUGGUCGUGCGCUGGUGGCCCUGAAGGCGCAUGGCUGA